CUUAAUUGGUCACCUUCGCGUUCAGGUGAGGCCCUCUGCGCGCACGCGGGCAAGAAGCGUCCAUUCCGGCGAUGUCUUGCAAACAGAAAAGAGGAAAAAGUAUAUUUUUAUUUGUGGCAACUGUUUAUUUUUACAUGUUUCAGCUGUGUUGUUCAGUAAGUUUAGGACAGUGGGAGGAUGGUUUUACAGCUACAGAAGGGAAGAGGAUUAAACAGGACAAAACUCCAGCUAGGCAGCACACCGGGACAGGAUAUGGUGAUCUGCGCGAAUCUAACGAACAGAGACUUCACAAGCUUCAACUUCAGCCUGGAUCUGGAGAGCCACACCCACAUCUUAGUGCACAAGACCUUAAGAAGUCAGACGUCAAAUUUGUGCCCGAGAGUUUGUCUUGGAAUAUUGGGAAUGUUAGCGUGAAACCAAAGUCCUCGACUCCAGAGUCUUUACAUGGACAUCAAGCAGAUUUUACAGGUUUUCAGGGGGAGGUUUUGGGCCUAUCCUCUGAGUCCAGUACACAUUUUUCUGAGUGGCAGGCUAUGAGUCCUCUGGUGGAGUGUGAUGAUGAUGUCAUGGUCUUCACUGCCUCCGGUCAAGGAUUUACACACCUGUCAGUGGACAGAGUGGAACCUCUCCGAUCUCGGUGUUUCAGUUGCCUCCAUACUGUGGUUACACUCUAAGGACAUCGUGGAGUGACCUUGAGAUGAUGGUGCCAUACGACGCCUGUUACAUCACCCAGGAGAAUAACAGUUACAUGCUGCCCCUGCUGUGGUGGGGCACCCCGCUGAAGCUCUCCUGCCCAAUUCGGAUAUCCACUCCUACACCCUCGUUCCCUCUUUCACCACCCUCAGUCUUCUGCUCCUCCUUUGGCAUGGCAGUGCAGAUACAUGCACAGGAGAAGGAUAUACCUGCAUUGGGAGUGAAAGUGAAUGGAGCUUUGCAUCCAUUUGUAUCUGAACAGUGUGCGUACUAUAUCGACUCCCAGUCUGAGGAGCAUACUUUGUUCAUCUACUCCAGUGCUCCUUGUUUCACCAGUAGAGAUGGUCUCCAGCUUGAGCUUGUGUUUGGUGAUAAUGAAUACAUUCUCUCCUGCCCAGUCACUUCUUGGUUCCCCUAUGCACCCUCUACACCUUGGUCUCCACCUUUGUCUCCCGACAACCCUCAGUAUCCCAACAUCCCAGAUCCCGUUGGACCUUCCCCUCCUCCACCUCCAACCCCAGAACACGGAAAAUUUCCGGGCUAUCCUGACUACAGCUAUCCUGGUCUCCAGUUCCCCCAGCUGCCCCAGUUCCUCCAGCUCUACCCUCCUGGGCCACAAGCCAAAGAGCCACCUCAGCCCACCGGUGACAGUCCUCCCAGUUACCAGCCCAAUUUUCCUGGGAAGUCACCUUAUUCUUUUGGCUCCUUGAAAUAUCCACCUUCUCACUACCGUUCUCCAGUCAUGGUGCUGGCCAGGCCUGAUCCCAAUCCUCGUCCACUUGAAAAUGGACAGUCUCCACAUCAAGUGCCUAAUUUACCUCCUCAGUAUCUAUUUGAUUACUCCCAUAUGUCAUUCUACUACCCAACAGUGACACCAGCUACAACCACACCACCUCAAACCACCACUACUACUGUUCCUCCACUUACAAAACCAGCCAAACCUCCAUCACAUCCUCUUUACCCUCAGUACUAUCUUCAGAUGCCUUACUAUCCUGAACCAGUAAACCAGCCACAUGUUCCUCUGCCUCCUGGUCCACAAUAUCCUCCUUCAUCUCAGUCUAAACAGCCUAUAGGUCCUCCAGCUUCUUCUUACAGCUCCUAUUAUGGUUAUUGGCCAGUGUCCUACCAAAAACCUUCUGCUGCUCCACUUGACCCUAUUAAAACCAGGGCUUACAACUUUCUCUCAAAUCUGUUUUACCUACAACCAGCUGAAUCUCCAACACCUGCCAAUGAGGAACCUCAGAAACCAGUUCCACAAGAGAUCUGUCUGCCUCACAGUCACACAAUAUGUAGCUCUUAUCCUUACCAUGUUUAUCAUACUCUCUACCCACCACACUACAUUCCACCCCACCCCCCUCUGCCUCGGUAUCCAGAGAUUCAACCACCUGCGACGACACCAAAGCCUUCCACCACCACUACUACUCCCCCCACCACAAGCUCUACAACCCCAGCUGGGCCCUCUCCAUGGACUCCUAAUCUCCAGUGUAUGACUGGGAGGAUGGUUGCUUUCUUGCCUUUUACUCACCCAGACUCUAUACAAGUCAAAGACCAAACAAACAUCUGGACUUUCGUCUCCAGUGUGGCUCCAUUCUGUGGGUACAUGCUACAGAUGACUGAGGGCUUUGGGGUAAUUCUCCACUCUCCUCUGCCUGCCUGCCACAGCUACUUACAGACUCCCACGACCAUUUCCUUACCUCUACGGUUUUGGGACUUCUCCAUGGCACAGUACAGGACUGUGGACCUGGAGUGCCCAUUUCAAAGCCCCUCUGACAAUCCUGCUACAGAUGCCCCACUACCCACACCAACCCCACCAAGCACCACCAAGGAUGGGAUCGGCCCGUCUGCUGUUCCAAAGCCUAAAAUCUUCUGCUCUUCUCAUGAGAUGACUGUGGAGCUCCCCUCUGGUCCCAUUUCAGAAAUAGUUGUUAAAGACAUCAAGGGGAACCAGAUGAACCUCAAGGAUGCCCCAAAGCAAUGUGGGUACUCUGCAAGCAAAGGCAAAGAUGGCAAAAUCCAUUUGAAUCUACAGUUGCACUCACGCUGCCACAUGAGUGUGCAGGGUACACUAUACAUCAUCACUGUCAUCUACAUGACAGUAAAUGGCAAAAAGGAGUCUCAGUUUUCCUGUCCGGUUACCAUCUCGGGGCCCAGGCAAGAGUGCAACCUUCCUCACGAACAGCGUCUCCCCUGUGGAUCCAGCUCUCUAUCCCAGACACAGUGCCUCUCCAUGGGCUGCUGCUUCAACAAGCACCCCCCUGCCUGCUACUACCCCAUGGAUGAGUGCACUAUUGACCGCCACUUUGUCUUCUCUGUGCCUGCCUCCAUCACGGAGCCCCCUCUUUCCCCUGCCCUGCUUGUCGCUGCCGGCAACUUCACCUGCAGACCUCAGAAAGUGACUUCUGACUACGCCUUGUUUAAGAUCCCGAUGGAUGGUUGUGGGACACGCAGAGUGAUGUUGGGGGAAACUGUUGUCUAUAUGGUAGAAGUCAUCAACAUGGUUCAGGCAAUCAGCCUCAACUAUGGCACUAUCACAAGAGAUUCUCCUGUCAGGCUGCUGGUGGAGUGCAGGUACAUGCCAGGAACAGUUCUGACUGUGAGCUACAUAGUUAAAACUCCCACCCUCGGUCCUGAAAUUCAGUCCUAUGGGGCAUUUGGAGUUCAGCUAAGGAUUGCUGAAGAUGACCAGUACAAAAGGUACUACCCACAGUAUCACCAGCCCUUGAAGAUGAUGCUGGGGAAGCCUCUCAAUCUGGAAGUGCGGCUCCUCAACUCUCCGGAUCCCACUUUAGUUCUGCUGGUACACUUCUGCGUGGCCUACCCCCGCUCUGGAAAAGCUGUGUGGGUGCUGCUGUACAAUGGAUGUCCCAACCCUUUGGACCCAGCACCGCCACAGGCUGUUCCAUCGCAUCCUCAGCCACUUUCUCCUGAUGCUCAGACCCGCCGCUUCACCAUCACAACCUUCCAGUUCCUUCCUGAUGGUGAGUUUAAGGAUCUGGAUGAAGAGAUCUACUUCAUGUGUUCGACUGAAAUCUGCUCACCACGUGAUGGUCCUUGUGUUGAAGGAUGCUUUGGCCAGUGACGGCCUCAGCCAUCACUCUUAACUACCAAUAAAAGCUCUCAAGUAGCA